AUUUUUGUGAUCAUUAUGGGUGUUGUUACGUUACUACUCACCGUGCUGAUAGCAACGAUCGGGUAUCUGUUCAUGCGACUGCGUAAACGCAUGCAGUAUUGGCAGAGAAAGGGCAUUCCCUGCGAGGAACCCAGCCUUCUGAUGGGCAGCAUGAAGGGCGUGCAAACCGAGCGAGCAUUUCCAGAGAUUUGGACGCACUAUUACAACAAGUUCAAAGGAACUGGUCCCUUUGCGGGCUUUUACUGGUUCCAACGUCCAGCUGCGUUUAUCUUAGAAGCUUUCCUAGUGAAGCACAUUCUGAUAAAGGACUUUAAUAAGUUUUCCGAUCGUGGAUUCUUUAGCAACCCCGAGGAUGACCCACUGUCUGGGCAGCUCUUUCUAUUGGAUGGCCAUAAAUGGAGAUCAAUGAGGAAUAAGCUUUCAUCCACAUUUACGUCGGGUAAAAUGAAGUACAUGUUUCCCACGGUAGUUAAGAUAAGCCACGAGUUCAUCAAGGUCUUUGGAGAUAUGGUAGACAGGUCUCCGGUGAUUGAGGUGAGAGAGCUGAUGGCUCGGUUUACCACGGAUGUCAUCGGUAGUGUCGCCUUUGGCAUUGAGUGCAACAGUCUUAAAGAUCCUGAAGCAGAAUUCCGCGUCAUGGGUCGCAAAUCUCUAGCUGAUAAGCGCCAUGGUAUAUUGGGAGUCUCGAUACUGAAUAGUUUUCCAAAGUUUGCACGACGUAUACAUAUGAAAUUGACACCGGAACACAUAGAAAACUUCUUCAUGAAAAUCGUAAGAGAAACUGUUGACUUCAGGGAGAAAAACAAUGUUCGUCGCAACGAUUUCAUGGACCAGCUGAUUGACUUGAAAAAUAAUCGAUUGCUAAAGACCGAAACCGGAGAGGAUACGAGUCUGACAAUUGAAGAGAUCGCCGCUCAGACCUUUUUGUUCUUUGCUGCUGGAUUUGAAACUUCUUCAACGACCAUGGGCUUUGCCCUGUAUGAACUAGCCCAGAAUGUGGAAAUACAGAAUCGAUUGAGGGAGGAGUGCAAAGAGGUUCUAACCAAGCAUAAUGGGAAUCUUACCUAUGAGUGUAUCAAAGAUAUGCAGUAUUUGAACCAGGUUAUAUCGGAAACCCUGCGACUCUACACGGUUCUUCCAGUUCUCAAUCGGGAGUGCCUAGAGGAUUUUGUGGUGCCUGGAUAUCCGAAUUAUGUGAUCAAGAAGGGUAUGCCAGGUAUGCCAGUUCUCAUACCGUCUGCAGCUAUGCAUCGUGAUGAGCAGCUGUAUCCGGAACCGAAUCGCUUCAACCCAGAUAAUUUUGAGCCGGAAAAAGUGAAGAGCCGCGACUCCGUGGAGUGGCUUCCCUUCGGAGAUGGACCACGAAAUUGCAUUGGAAUGCGAUUUGGAGAAAUGCAGGCACGCAUUGGCCUCGCAAUGCUUAUUAAGCACUUCAAGUUUUCAGUGUGCGAUAAGACAACGAUUCCCAUUAAAUAUAACAGGAAGACCUUCUUGGUGGGAAGCGAGUCUGGCAUUUACCUGAAAGUAGAGCGAGUUUGAUAAAGCAAGAGAAAUGAAUGUAAAUCAGACUUGCUGAUUGUGUCAUA